CCGCUCGGCUCCGCCAUGCGCCCGCCAGCCCCGCGGGCCCGGCCGCGCUCAGCGCCGCCACCUCCGCCCCGCGUGUCCCCGUGUCCCCUCCGCCCCGCGCCGCCUCGUGCCGCGCUCCUGGGGGCGGGGCUGUGGCGUCACCGUUGCAAUAGGAACUGGGGGGAAACACAUGAGGAGCUUGAUACUUCUACUGAAAAUGCUGAUGAUUCUAACCACGAUCCUCAGUUUGAGCCCAUAGUUUCACUUCCUGAGCAAGAAAUAAAAACUCUGGAAGAGGAUGAGGAAGAACUCUUUAAGAUGCGAGCAAAGCUAUUCCGGUUUGCAUCUGAGAAUGAACUUCCAGAAUGGAAAGAACGAGGAACUGGUGAUGUGAAACUCCUGAAACACAAGGAGAAGGGAACAAUUCGCCUCCUCAUGAGGAGGGAUAAAACCCUAAAAAUCUGUGCAAACCAUUAUAUCACACCUUUAAUGGAGCUGAGGCCUAAUGCUGGGAGCGACCGGGCAUGGGUUUGGAACACACAUGCUGACUUUGCAGAUGAAAGCCCCAAGCCUGAACUUCUGGCAAUCCGAUUUUUAAAUGCAGAAAAUGCACAGAAAUUCAAGGCAAAAUUUGAAGAAUGCAGGAAUGAAGUAGACAAGAGAGCAAAGAAAGCAGGCACAGACAAAAAUGAUAGUGCUGAUAAAGUUGCUGAAAAACUAGAAGAGCUUUCUGUAAAGGAAGAGAGCAAAGAAUCUGAGAAGAAAGAGACCAAGGAAAAAAAUGAAGAAAAGCAAUAAAUCAUCCUGGGCCUUGCAGUUUUUCCUUUACUUUUAUCUUUCUUUUUUUCUUUUUUUUUUCUUUUUUUUUAAUUUUUACAAGGGACUUUAUAAGAAACUGAAUUCAACGUUCAGGUUGUUUUUUCUAAACUUCCACCCUUUUGAAGAUGUCUUCAGAAAAUCCAUUCCCCAGUCAUGAAAAUGUACUGUGCUAACUUUCUUUUCCAUAGUGGAAACACUUAUUUAUAGUCAUCCAAAAGAGUGAAUAAAGCAAACUUGAAAACAGCAUCAGAGGACAGAACUGGGUUUUCUAUGUACUUUAAAAGCUUAUGAAUACACUUGUUUUGUUGGGUGUUGAGAUACAUAUCAUACCUGUGGAUUAACUAGGUUAACAGACUUUGCCAUCAGGGAAGAUUGUGAUUACAUACACGUUUCUUAUAUGGCUUCUCAAACUGUAAUACAACAGACGUUUCACAUUUUUUUCUGCUGUGUUCCUAAGCAGAGAACGUGCCUGUGAUUCUCGAAAUGCAGCAGACUUCUGGAAUCAGGCGCUAGAGCAUUCCUGGCACGCUGUUAAUGCCGUUUCAUCAGACAGUGGCAAUAAAGGUGGGGGAGAAAAGGUAUUAUGUGAGACUUAAGAUGUAUUUUCCUCUUAGAAAACAAAAUCCAUGCCCCCCACCCAGUUUGUGAAUAUUAUGGCCAUUUGACUUCAGCACAAAGUUGCUGCUGUGGUCCCAGAUCCUCCGUACUGACGGAAGGCAGUAGCGGCCUCUUAUACUAAGGUGUAUGCAAAGGAAUCUUAACUGUUUGAGUACCUUACUAUGAGAAUCCCUGUGUCAGAAUAUCAUGAAAGUUAUACUCAACGUUUAUAAGUUAUUUUAUUUUUGGUACUUAGCAGCUUUCAUUGUUUUUCCCGACUGGAGAGGGUUUGAAUUUGUCAGAAGCAUGGAGGGCUGCUCUUCUUGGAGAGUGACAGUCUGAUAUUCGCUUUGGAACAGUUAGGGAUGUUGUGUAUCCACUUGAGGAGCACUCUCUGUGCCAGAGUGGGCAAAUUGAUCAGGUCUCUUCCCUGCAAAUGCUUUUUCUUCAGCUGGUUUUAAGUUAGUGCUAGAGAAUCGGAAAAUAAACUACAGAAAGCAAUAAAAUCCACACUAUUUUAAACUUUGAUAGAUUAAUUGAACUUCAUGGUUAACCACUAACACAGGGAUAGUGUUAAGAUAGCAAUGGAGUUGUGUAAUACUGUUUCCAAAAUAAUUAUGCGAACUGGACAGAAGUUGCUAAACUUUAAGACUGUAUGAUGUUAGUAUUGGAUAGCAAGACCUCUCUAUCUUCAUAAGGAGGCUCUGUAGGUAGAUCAGACCCUGCAGUCUACCUGAGGAAAGAAAAUAUAGUUUUAAAAUCUUGUAUUUCUACUUAGCACUGCCUUUUGGUGCUACAAUGAACUAGUAAUCUGGAACUGUAAUUAAGGUACUCGAAACAAAGUAAUUCCUUUGGUGUUGUGCAUGUUCCCUUCAAGUACAGCAGAUAUCAGAACUCUGUUAAUUAACAAAGAUGGUCGAAAGGCAAAAUAAAAUGCUCUUUAGUGUUUCUAGUUUGGAAAUAACAAGACAAAGCUAUUCUGAAGUACUUCACAUUUGAAUGUAAAAGCCAAAUCUCUAUCCGUGAGUCACUUGUAAACUCUGAUCUGAUAAUGUCAGUGUGUCUCAAUUGGUAGAAAUUACAUUUAAAAAUUCAAAAUAAAUUUAAAUUUUCAUUUAAA